AAGCAGAGAGACAUACAAAAGUCAGAGGUAUAUCAUUGAUUUUUUUUUAAACUUAGGUAUAUUGGAAAAAAAAUAGGUAGAGUAGAUUAAAAUGUGACAACAGCAAAGUCGAGCAUACGCGGCUGUCACGAGCUAGACUUUGGUGAGCUGAGUGAAUAGUUUAGCUACAGGUCUGCCGGUCAGAAGAACUGGAGCACCUGACGACCGGUACCACCCCAGAGACAGGGGACUGACGAGUACCGGUCACGUGUUAAUAAGUUUCCCGCCAUGUCUUGCGAUUCCCACGGACAGUGAGUGGAAUGUCCGAGCUUAGCGAGAUUUUACAGGUGCAGCCGUACUCACGACGUGCAAGUGUCGGUACACGUGUGCCUGUGACCGGAAAAGCAGGUUAUAUCAGUUCACGAAGGUCACAAAAUAAACAUUACACAAGAACCCAGCUUUCCCACCCCACCCCCACACACUUCCAACACACAGUCAACUCCAUGGGGCAACGUCGCUUUCGAUUGCUGAACUAUUCAAACAAUAGUUUUGAUGUUAAUCACCAUGAUCACACAGUCUGGAAAACUCGACAUUUGCUUAACGAGGAAACGCUAAUGUACUUUCCGAUUCUCAACUUACUUUGACCUCACUCUUGCAUUGAAUCACACUCGACGAACUGACUUUCUCUGUAUGUAUCUGUGUAACUGACUCGGGUACUUUGAGUACUUGUAGGUAAGUUCAGAAUAUGUGAGCCACACAUGUACCCCACUGUGCACCCGCUGUUAUCAAAGCCUCCAGUGAAAGCGACGGGUGUUGAGAGAGCAUUCGAUCAUUCUCCAGUGAAGUAAAGGGAGUGAAAGUCAGGCUGCAAACGAUUUUGGUGAUGGCGCGACUAACGGCUACAGUGUUGCAGGCUGCAGUUGCAGCCGUUGUUGGUGUCGUCGCUUGGCAGUGGUACCAGUCAUCUGCUCGCCUGCCUCCGGUGUCGGGAGGCUUCGUGCAUCCUGCCUACCAGCCUGUGGCGGAUCUCUUCCGGAAACUCGUGGAAGAUGGCACCGAACGCGGAGGGAGUUUCGCCGUUUACCACAAAGGGGAGAAACUCGUGGACUUGUGGGGAGGUUACGCCAAUCCUUACACUAGACUCCCGUGGCAAGAGUCCACUCUAACCGCUGUGUUUUCUUCCACCAAAGGCAUGGCAGCACUGAGCGUCGCCAAACUCGUAGAAAAAGGCCUGCUGGACUACAAGCAAAUACAGAAAUACUGGCCAGAGUUCGCCCAGAACGGAAAGUCCAACAUCACCUUAGAGAUGCUAAUGAGCCACCAGGCAGGUUUAGUAACCUUGGGAGGAGCUAACACAUCUCUAGUUGAAUAUCAGAACGACUGGGGCAAGGUGGAAAAAUUGAUGGCUCAAGCCACGACUGACUUCCCGCCAGGUUCGGCAGUAGCGUACCACUCUUUGACCUUUGCCAUGUACAUCGACGCCCUUAUCCGCAGAGUUGACCCGCAGCACAGAAGCCUGUCGCAGUUCUUUGAUGAGGAGAUCAGCAAACCGCUGGAUGCCGAGUUCUAUAUCGGACUUCCUCUUCGCGAGUUUUACCGGGCCACCUUGCUGAUUUCUCCGCCCGCCUGGCGAAUGGUGACGUGGAUAUUCGACUAUACGUACUGGCCGAUGCUUUUUGAACUCUUCAACCCUAAGGCAACACUUAAUCAACUGAGUGUCGUCGCAGAAUUCGCAGAUCUUAACCAGGUCUUGAAUAACCCAUACUUCGCCGCGGUUGGCCUUGGAUCAGCCAAUGGAUUCGGACCGGCCAGAUCUCUGGCGAAAAUUUACGACUUCUUGGCAAAUGGAGGGAGCAUUGCAGGCAAGACCCUGUUUUCCAAGCCAAUUGUCGAGAGGCUGAUGACCCCGCUCACCCUAACUUUACCUUCUCUAGGCACUUUCAGAUUGGACUUCUCUGUGGGACUACACGUUUUGAACAACAGUCGGGGCGAUAGGAUGUUCGGACACCCUGGGUACGGAGGCCAAAUGGCCGGAGCAGUUCCCAAGUACGGAGUGGGCAUUGCCUACGUGACCAACUUCCUGUCUGGAAAACUUUCGCUUGCGUCUGACCACUACUGGGAGCUGGAAAAGGUUUUCUACGAAUGUUUCGAGAAACACCAGGCAGACCCACAGACAACAAAGACAACGAAGACGAAAAAGAAGAGGAGUAAAAAUGACUAAGCAGCUAAAGUGUUUGGUCGUGUGUAUAUCUAUAUCAUAGCAGUUUUGCUUGGACCGAUCUAUUGUGUCCACAUGUAGUCUGAACGGUACUCACUGAAGUGCCAGGUUUCAGUAGUAUAUUAUUAUUUUCUACUUAUCAAAGUUUAUAAUUUUGUUUUUGUUCUUGGGAAAAUUUUGUUUUCAAUAACUGUCUAUUGUUUUAGAGGAAAAGAGACUACAUUGAAAAGAAGAAUAAAAUCUCUAUAGCGUUAACUCAUGUUAAGUUUCAUCAAACCACCGUAAAUAAAUGCCAUUUGUAAAUUAAAAAAAUGAAGAAAUUAUUAUACGUGUUUAAUGAAUUUUUAUUGUAAAGGAAAUAAAAUUCAAAUAAGUGACG